AUGGAUUCAGAAAACAAGGUAGUAACAAUUAAAGUUAGUUACAAUCAUUUAUGCAGUUCGCUGAAAGAUUGUCUGAUUACUGUUGAGAGAGAAUCAUUUAUUCGGAUUGAUGAUAAGGAAAAAUUGGUUGCUUUUUUGCGGUCUGAUUUCAAGCUUGGGGAUUUGAAAGAUAUAAAGAUAUUAAGAAAGUCAAAGAAGCACAAAGACUACAUACCAUUGGAAACUGAUAGUGAUUUCAAAUCGUUAUCUAGAAGUUUGAAGGUUAAGAAUCAUAUCAAACUUCUUAUCAAUGAUUCAACGCCUGCAACUAAAUUUUGUUCACCUAACAUUUUAGGUGGUGAUUUUGAGAAGAAGAAGACAAUUGACUUUGCAAGUUUAGGAAAAGCUUUAGUAGAAGCUUCAUUUACUGUUUUGUCUGAUUUUAGGGGUGAAGAAUUCCAAGCACAUACAAAACCACAGACACAACCAACUCAACCACAGACACGGACACAGUCAGCAAAAGGACAGUUCGAGGAAAAACCUAAAGAUGCAACGAAUAACGAUUGCGUUCAUGAACUUGUUGCCUGUGAUUCUUGUAAUCCGACAAAUUUUGUCCCGAUUAAAGGUGUGAGAUUCAAGUGUUUAAUCUGUCGGGAUUAUGACCUAUGUCAAGCAUGUGAAUCAAAACAGCAUGUCGAAGAAAAAAAUAAUGGCGAUCAUUUAUAUACCCAUCCAAUGAUUAAGAUUACCAAACCUCUUUUGGAUAGUAGGACUAAUUGUCCAAGGGCCUUUUCUAAUAGCAAUGAUAUCAUAUAUGAUAUUCCUUUAAAUGGCUGUUCAUUGGCUAAUAAAGACAAGAUUGAAUCAAUCUUAGGUGAAGGUAGCAUUAAUGAUUUCUUUAAGAAUGUAGACAAGAUUAUUGAAGAGUCUGAUAGAUAUAAAAUCUUGUCGUCAUUGCUUAAAACUGAAAAUAUUCAAGAUGAAGACGAAGAUACUAAAUUUGCUAUGUUGCAGAGUCUAGUUGAAUCGUCAAAUGUGCAAGCGGAUAUUUGUACAAGUAGUCAAAACAAUGAAGGUUCGGAUGAUCAAGAAACAAAAUCUGCAGAUGAGAUAGAUAUAAGUAUUAACCUUAAUCAUGAACCUGAACUGUUAAGUGAAUACAAUAAGGUUCAAAUUUACACAAAGAGAUUUUCUCAAGAUGCUAGAGUCAUUUCGUUAGUAUUAUACAACAACUCAUCAAUUCCUAUCUCGGGAGGGGACUUAAAGUUUGAAUUUUAUGAUAGCAAUGCAAGCGAAGUAAUUUUGGUUAAAAAUGUUAGAGCUAUAUUAUCAGGCGAAAAGAGGAGUUAUAAUUUAGGUAUUUUGACUGAAAAAUUCAAUAGCUUAUCAGGAAGAAGAUUAAAAAUUUCGACAACUGAUGAUUCAAUUAUCAUGGAUGGCAACUAUAGUCCAGGGGAGACGACUUCUUUAAAUAUUAUGAAUAAACCAAUAUUAGCCAAUCUUCUGGAUAUUAAAUCGGAGAAAGGCUCGAUUGAAGUCGUUUUAGUACCUAAAUCUAACAGUAUGGCACAAAUCAUUAUCACGAAUAAAUCCAAAACUCGUCUUGAUUGUUCAAAUUUAAAAUUUAAAGUCAUCAAUUGUUUUGAUCAAGUCGUGUGCAAUCUUAGUGUAGUUCAUGGCCGCAAGAUAUUGCCUGAAAGAACAACGAAGUACAAUAUCGGAUUGAGUAAUGCUCACCUCAAAUAUCCCUUCAAGUUACUCAUAGUAACUGACUCAUUUUUUGCUUCUUGUGAUUUAAGUUUGAAGAAUUUAAAUGGGGUUUUCGAAGUAAUCCCAAAGGAAAAAUGGCACGAAGACGUAAGUGUUGAUAACGGAUUAUCCGAUUCUUUGAAGUUCUGUGAUAAAGAGGCUGAUUAUCCGUCGUCAGACACUGAAUCCUUUGUGAAUGAAUCUCAGAAAAAUGAUAAAAUUGAUAACCACGUAGAGGAAUUAUCAUCACCAGGCGACACAGAAAAGACUGAAAUGCAAUCAAAUAAUAGGUCAACGGAGGGUUCAGUCCAUUUUGUGGUUUUGCCAACUUUACCGAAAGAAUCUCUAUUGGAAUCUAAAAAUUUAUCGUCUUCUGAAUAUGAUGAUGCAAAAUCAUUCUUAGCUCACGAGAAUGGUUCUACUACUGAUAAUAAAAGUAGACAUACAGUUGAUGAUGCUAAUGAUUACGACAUAAUUAGCAUGGGAGAAGAAGAAGAAUGCGUUGAUUCAGAUUUUGAAGUAUUGUCGCCUGCUAUUAGCCAUUAG